ACCCGGGACAGCUAACGUUUGCUAGCUGAUCGCAGUAUUGGGUCAUGUAAAAAAAAAUCACAAAUUUUAUUACAAAAUGGAGGAUCGCUUCGCCUUUCUUGCUGAGUGGUAUGACCCCACUGCAGCUCUCCUGCGGCGCUACCAACUGUUCUACUACCCUAAAGAUGGCUCAGUGGAAAUGUUUGAUGUAAAGAACCAGCGAAUAUUUUUGAGAAGGACUAAAUAUGACAAAAUCCAUCAGGAGGGACUUAUUGUUGGGAAUCGAGUGAAUGUGUUCUCUCGGCAGCUAACGAUUGAGUAUGGGGAUCAGUUCACAGCAAACAAACUGGCAGCAAAAAGAAAGAAACUUCUCGCCUUGAUAAAGCCAGAUGUAGUGACGAAGAUCGGUGACAUCCUAGAAUUGAUCUACUCCUCCAACCUGAUUGUGACCAAAGCCAAAAUGACAAAUCUUACCAGCAGCCAAGCGGGAGACCUCUAUAUGGAACAUCAGACGAAGCCUUCUUCACGUGAUGUUGCUCCAUUUUGCAGUAACCUGGUACAGUUUGUGUCCUCGGGCCCUGUGGUUGCCAUGGAGCUGAUGGGUGAUGAGGCCAUGUCUAUCUGGAGGAGGCUCCUGGGACCUGCAGACCCUGCUGUGGCGCGGAGGGAAGCACCGCAGAGUGUUCGUGCCCAGUUUGGAACAGAUGGCAUCAAAAAUGUUGGGCAUGGCUCUGACUCACUUGCUGCAGCAGCAAGAGAGCUUGUUUUCUUUCCUUCCACAAUUGGCUACGGUCCCUCCAACACAGCCAUCUAUACAGACUGUACAUGUUGCAUCAUUAAACCUCAUGCCAUAUCAGAAGGUCUGACUGGGAAGAUCCUGAACUCCAUAUCUGCAGCUGGAUUUGAAAUCUCUGCUCUUCAGAUGUUCAAUGUGGAUCGGGCGAAUGCAGAAGAAUUCUAUGAAGUUUAUAAAGGCGUUGUUACAGAGUAUCCUAGUAUGGUGACUGAGCUGUGUUCUGGUCCCUGCAUGGUCCUGGAGAUCCAUGGCACCGACACACCAAAGACCUUCAGGGAAUUCUGUGGACCCGCUGAUCCAGAAAUCGCACGGCACCUUCGUCCCACCACGCUGCGCGCCCUUUACAGCAAAGAUAAAGUGAAAAACGCCGUCCACUGCACAGACCUCCCAGAAGACGGUGUUCUGGAGGUGCAGUAUUUCUUCAAGAUUUUGGAUGGAUGAAAGCAAACAAGAAAAUGUGUUAAACUAUGUAUUCAAAAACUUCACAGUCAUCUCAGUUUUCUGUUUAUUGUUUCAGCCUUAUGCAGAUUAAAUAAAGUGACAAGAGCAGA